AUGUUGGGAUCAAAACUUAAACUAACCUUUUUGCUAUUACUGGCUUUUAUUUUUUUCGUUAAAGCCUAAGAAGUAAUAGACUUCUAACUUGGCUAUUUUAUCGAGAAACUAGAUUUGGAACCUGGCAAGAAAAACUUUUACAAGCUGAUAGUAAAUGACAAUUACCGCCCUGGAUUAGAUAUCAUAAUUAAAGCUAUUCCAUUGAUAGAUGAAUCAGACCCAGAUAUCUAUAUCUCAAAGACUGUCAAGAACCCCUCUCCAGAAAAUGGAAGUGAUAUUAAAUGCGCUUCAUUCGGUAGAGAUACAUGCACUAUUCACCAUUCAUUGAUUAAUGAGGGAGACUUCUUUUACUUUAGCAUCGGUUGUCCUUAUUCGAAAUGUUCAAUUCAGAUGCUGCUCCUUACAUCUGACGAAUUCAAGCUUGACGAUGGAGCUGUUCACUAGACUCUCAUGACUGAGAAUGAGGCUAAGAUCUUCAAGUUCUACAUACCUAAUGAUAUCUAAGAUUAAGGACAUAUUACAGUUAAGGCGUCAUCUAUAUCUGGCUUUGCACACGAUUUCUCUUUAUCAGUCUCAACUGACGUCGACAAAGACCAUGAGCUCCCUUCGUCAAGUCUAGGAAACAAAAAGAGUAUCUCAGCUUGGAAGAAGGGAUAAGUUAUCAGAUUAAACAAGGAGAAUUUCCCGAAGAAUUAAUGGUGCAAGGGCUGUGAAUUAAAGAUACUUCUAGAUGUUAGAGAUGCUGGAUAUUAUCAUAUAAUAGUCUAGACUUCUGAUGCAGUCCCAAAGGUGCACAACAAUGACCAGAUCGAUGACAUAGUUGGGUUUGAUCAGAUAUAAUGUUAUCAGUACUAUAUUAAGAGUGAAUAAGCUGACUUCCAAAUCACACUUACUACCUAUACAGGAAGAGUUGAAUUAAGAUUCAACCCAGGAACUUUACCUACAAAGUGGGAUGAUUUCUUAGGUAAGCCUGAUGAGGACUAAGAAAUUAUUGUGGAUAUCAGACCAUGGUAAAGAUCAAGAAGGUACCAACAAGCAAAAGGACUAUAUUUCUUCUGCGUCAGAGGAGAGAUUACUAGCACCUAUACAAUUAAGGCAAAAGAGUUCGAUCAAGAUUGGACGAAUAGCAUAAUUGAGGAUGGAUAUUCAGAAAUGUUUGGAUCAUUCCCUAAUUCUCUGCACACUCAUUUAUAUAGAGUUCCUAGGCUUGAAUAUGCAGGUGAAGAUAUCAAGAUUGAAUUCGACUUAAUGGUCAAAAGAGGUCCAGAACCCACUAUGGCUGUAGCGUUUUGUGCAAUUAACAGCACAACUGAGUGCAAAAAAUAAGCUACAGUCGAAUCAAUCAAUAAUCCAAGUUCCAAUUUUAAGAAGGCUCAAAGCAAUGGUUAAAUACUCAAGCUUGUCAUUGAUCAUGAUGAGGACUAAUGUUAAAAGCUUUUUAAUGGUACUAAUUGUUAUUAUGUUGUAGCAGUCCAUAAUCAAAACGACCACUGGGUUAGAUAUAAGCUCCAAGCUUCUCACAACUAAAAUAAUCAUAUUCUCCUUUAAGAAAGAACUCCUAAGCUAGACUCAGUUGAGAUGGGAAAUUACAAAUAUUACAAAUUCACCAUUUUGGAGUAGGAAAAUCUUGGAAUUUCAAAUGUUACUUUUGAAAUUAAUCCUCUUCAUGGAGACAGUGAUCUACUGGCCUCUAGGAACAUUACUUUCCCAAACAAGGAUAAUGCUUUGAAGAGGUCAUCAAGAGUAGGCAGCUUAGUUGAUCAUGUAACAUUUUCAAAGGGAUUAGAUGGUGAAAAUCUUGCCGGUACUUACUAUAUUGGAAUUUAUGGAUAUACUUACACAACUUAUAGUAUCCAUGUGAUUGUUAAUAGAACUGGACAUGAUGAGGAGAGUUCAGCUUAUUCACAAUCAAUUCUUCUCUAUUAGGGUAUCCCAAUAACCAAAACUUUACAUUCAAGUUCAUCAAGAACCUACAGCUACUUCACAGUCUCAAUUGAUGAUCAAGAAGAUCACUCAAUAUUGAUUUAAGUUUAAGAACUUGAUCCUAAAAUAAGAACCUUAGUUAAAUAUGGUGCUGUGCCUGCUUACAAUGAUUAUGAUUUCAAAUUAGAUGGAACAGGACAAAUUGAAAUAUUCUCUUACGAUGAAAAGUAUCACAGAAACGGCUCUUACUUUAUAACUAGUAUGCCACACCCUAACUUACUUGACUUGUUAUUCGAUAAUACAUUCUCAUUUUCAAUAAUGUGGAGGCUUGAAGAUGCCAUUCCUCACUUAAAUUCCUAAGGUUUGCAAUAAGUAGUUACAAAACCUCUUCAAUAUAGUUAUCUCAAGCAUUACAUCUUAGAUAACACCUAAGAUGUGAGAUUAUACUUGAUCACAAAGGGACAUCAGGACAUUUUUGUUAGUGGUCAUCCAAGCAAGCAAUAUCCAAGCAGUGAAGAGCAUGAUUUUACAACUAGAUUUUAAAGAGGAGAAAACUUUGGCAGAGGCAAAGCUCUUAUCGUUCCAAUGAACCUUCUUAAAGAAAUCAAUCCAUCAUGCAAAGACUUAGGAUAUGCUGAGGAUAGUCCAUGUGCUAUUUAUAUUAGCAUAUACUGCUCUGAUUUGAAUGGAUGUAAUGCUCAAAUUGAGCUAGAAUAUGAUACAAAAUAAGCUAAGAGACUCUAUUCAGGAUAAUAGAAGCAUACUCUAAUGAGCAAUGAUUCCUAUUCUACCUACUAUAUUCCAGUAAAGAAACAAAAUAUUACUGAUGUUUUCGGAGUGUUACAGCCACUAGUAGGUGAUGUAUACAUGACCUCUAGAGUUUAGAGAAUGUCUGAUUAGAAUCUAAUAUUAUUUAAGGAUUAUGUUGGAAAGCAUAGACUCAACUCUUAGAUUAUUCAUGUAACUCCAGAGCAGAUUUAGUAAUGCUUUAAUGCUCCUAAUGCAAACCCAGAUGUUGAUAGUCAAGAUGACGAAUGCCAAGUGUUUUUCUAUAUACUUCCCACUGCUGAUAAUACUGAAUAGAACAUAAUAUUUAACUUUGGAGUGCACAAAAGUAUAAUAGAAGUACAUGAUAGACAACCAAUUAUAGGAAAGGUAGAAAUUGCUUAGUACAAGUAUUUCUUAUAUCAAGAAACCUGCGAAAACUGCUCUAUGAUAAUAAGUUUGAGUAGUCAUUCAAGUGAAGCAGUAAAAUUGAUUGUCAAGAAAGGAACCUCAUAACCAUCUCUUGGAGAUCAUGAUAUUUCAAGUUUGGAAAGUGGUUCAUUGUUAACUGUGAACUUAUAAGAUCCUUUCUUCAAGAAAAAUAACAUCAAGUCAAUGGAAGGUAGUUAUGUGAUUGGAAUUUUUGGAUUAUACAAUACAACCUUUUAGCUCUCAGUUACAUCAGAGUAUGAGCCAGUAGUGACAAUUACUGAUAGAGCACCUUUGUCUCAUUCUCAAGAAAUGAACUAAACUAUCUAUUUCUAAUACUACUAGUGGAAACAGCAUGAUGUUGAAAUCACUCUCAAUGUCAAUCAAGGAUUCGCUGAUUUAUUUGUCUCAACUUAUAAUCCAAAGUAUUAGGACUUCAUUGCUAGAAUGCCUUUCGAUAAAAUAAACAGUGAAUGGACUCUCGAGAAUAUUAACCCAGCCAAUUCCUUCACAGGUAAAGAUAUUCUUGUUCUCCAAGGUGACAAUAACUACUGCUUUGAUUGCUACUAUCUAAUUGGAGUUCACACUCGUUACAGCAGUGCUGCUUAUAGCUUAGAAGUUAAAUCAAUUGACGCUGAAAAGGAAUACACUAAUUUACUUAGAGUCGGAGAUAACAAGAUCGUCAAGAUUGAUGGCAAGAAAUAGUAGAAGAUUUAUUAGUUCCUUUUGGAAUCUUAAGACCCAGCUUCUCUUACUUUCAAUAUUAUUUCAGGAGAUGCUAAGUUCUACCUAGGAUUCACAGAAGACGCAUUUUCUGCAUUCUACACAUAAAAUACAGCUUAAUCUAUUGAUGUUAAGCUUGUCUCUCCAAACUUUGAGAUCUAUCCUGAAAAGAAUUACUAUCUAAUCAUUGAAUCAAAGGAAGUUAAUACAGAGCUAUAAAUUACUCUGACUUAGGAAUUCUCUGUCAUCAAUCUCUAUGAUGGUACUCCUACUAAUGUUUUCUUCAGAGAUUCUAAUGAUACUAUGAAAUCGCUAAAAUAUAUGAUUCCUAAGGGAAAUACAACUAUUAUUAUUACAGCAAAGUCAAAAACCCCUCAAUUUUAUCCCUCCUUCUAUUAUACAUUACAAAGCUCUGACAAGGUAACUUGGUUUGGGGGCAGAAAUAAAAUGGAGCAAGUUAUGUGGGAUAAGGAUCAGUAUAUUUUAUAAACUACAAUUGAUUUUGAAAACUUACAAAGUACACAUAUCCUAGGCAUGAUAUUUUUAUAUCAUAUGGAUGACCUUAACGGUACAGUGCAAAAAACCUCUAACUUAUCAGGCACUAUAACUGUGACUCUAUCUCAGAGCAUGUAAAUUAAGCUGGCUGAAGGUGAGGAAUAUUUUGGCCAAUUAAAAUCAAAUAUCUAUGAAUUUUUGAGCUUUGCACUUUAUCCCCCUUAAAAAUUGGUCACAACUCAAAUCACCUUUUCAAACUGUCUUGGAAGCUCAAAAGUAGCAUUAGUUACAGUGAACAAGACCCAAAUGGAAGUGAACAAAAGAGACAAUAAUUACAGUGUUCCAAUGACGACCUUUGAAAAUGUUGAGUUUGAAAAGGUAAACGGAGUCUAAAUUGCUCAUUUAAAGAAUGUACCAGGAAAUUCUUACCUUAUAGUCACUCCUCAUACGAUUGAAAAUUUCAAUGAAUCUAUGAAGUCAAAGAUAGGAGCAGAGUUUACCAUAAAGGUUGAUUACAUCGAUUCUUUCCGUAAGGUUAUUAAGGAUGAAUAUAUUCCAUUUAAUGGAGGGCAUAUUAAUUUCCAACCUCAAGCUACUAAAAGAGGAGACAUCCAGUUCAGUUGGAAUUCAUUGUAUCUUUUGACUGCUGCUCAAGAGAGUAAAUAGCUAAAUGGAAUCAGAUACAAACUGGUAUAUACAAAGAACCCAGAUGUCAACUUAGAUCAGGUUUGUGCAAUUCAAAGAAGAAGUGAUGUCAAUUCAAUCAUUCUUAAUGGAUUAGAUUUAUAUCAGGCUACUGCUACUGUUGAGCCAAACACAGAAUUUUCUUUCAAUGUCAUUGCUAUUGUUGAGAAUAAACAGUUAGCUAUUCCUUAUAAACCUAUCACAAUCAACAUGCCAGCAAGAGAAGCUCAUGGUGGCAGAAUGCUUUUGACAGUAGUGGGUUGCAUCUUUAUGAUUUUCUUAUUCAUUGCCCUUUACUUCUUCCUUAAGAACAGAUAACUAUAGGCUAAACUUAGAUUUGAAUUGAGAGAUGUCAACGGAGGAGAUCUUGGUACAUAGACUUAUAGAAGAGUUAAUGAAGAGAAAUUCUCUGCAGUCGAUAAUGAAUGA